AUGCAGAGCAGAUCCUGCUCAAGCAGAAGCUCUUAUCAAGUCGCCUUAUCUGCUUGCCUUCGGCUGGUAGUCGGGCCUCCAGCCGCACAGGCAGCUGCACGGGCAGCAUCACGGGCAGCAGGACGCGUGAAUCCAAAAGAAAGCUCACGGGGGACGCCAAGGCCAGCCCCUCGGGUAGUAACACGCCACCCAAUAGUAGUAAAAGCGGCCGCAGCCACUAAAUGUGACCUCAAUCAAGGACGGUGGGUGUACGACCCGAAGUACAAGCCAGAAUACGGCCCCGUGAGCUGCAAGAGCCUGCGAUCGUACUUCAACUGCCUCGCGAACGGGCGAAAAGAUCGCAGAUACCUCAACUACGUGUGGCAAAGCCCUGGCUGUAACAUCCAGAGGUUCAAUGCGACGUCGUUCAUGCAACGGUUUCGCAACAAGGUGUUUUUGGUUACCGGCGACUCCUUUGCGACGAACUUCGACGCCUCGUUCCGCUGCCUCAUCGGCUCAUACACCAAAACCAAGGACUUUACCAACAAGGUGUGGGGUAACACUGGGGUGAAAGCAUCCGGUUACUUCGCGAAAGCAUUCAACUUCACUGUAGUUCGCGUGCCCUCGAACUUCCUCGUCGCGUCGCAACCAAUAGGCCCGGUAUCGAGUGCAGGGGUGUGGCAAGUGGAUUUGGACAAAGUGGACGACAACUGGGCCAAGCUCUUGCCCUUCACCCACUACGCGCUCUUCAGCUCUGGUCACUGGUUCAGCCAGGCAUCCGACAACCUCCGGAAAUACCGCCGAGGAGGGCAGCUAAUCAAACCACAAUCCGCGCUGCUAACCAUGCAAGAGUCGCUCGUUACACUCACGCGGUUCGUGAAGGCGUCUGGUUACCGCGGCACGCCGUUCUUCAUCACGUUCACGGCCUUCCACUACUACAACUCGUUCGACGCCAAGUCGCAGAGCUGCGUGGGGUUCACCGACCCCUUAAAGCCCAAGCAGCUGCAAUACGCAGAGGCCGCAACGGACAUUAUCACAUCGAGGAACGCACAGAUGGCGAUUCUACAGAAAGCACCGGAGUUCAAGAUCGUGGACGUGGCUCGAUCGACCCUCUCCCGCCCGGACGCACAUCAACAGCUGGCGACGGGAACAGGCAGCCCCGACUGCUCGCACUUCUGCGUCCCCGGGGUGCCGGAUUCAUGGGUCGACAUCCGAAUAGACAUUCCUAGUAGGCCGGUUAUGGAGAAGCGCGCGAAACUGCACGACUCAGAGUCGUGCGAGGCCACUAAGUCGUUUCGCAAGGCGCGCUGGCAACAGUUCCAGCAAACUGCGGUGGAUAAACUUUAUUCAGUGACAUGGGGGCUCGCAGUGCUGGUUUUCACGUCCGUGCCGGGAACGACGUGCCUCAUCGGCGCGCUGCUACUGCCGUCAUACGCUGUUCUCGCCCUGCUCGCCGUGUGGCUCGUUAUAGAGGCGGUGUUUUUCGUGUUUCGUUAUAAGCAGCUACAGCGAAUCAGUGACGAGUAUGUGGAGCUCCCGCUCCCGUCGCGCGAGGAAAUCUCGACGCUCCUCGACCGGGUCCUGGCCGUCGCGAAGCAAGCGGACUAUAACGAUUUCGUGGGGGGCUGGUUCAUGGGUGCGUCCCUCGCGUCACUAACGCGUACAAAUGUUCGUCAGUUCAUCUCGCACGGCUUUUUCCACCGCUUCUACAACGAACUCUCGAGUGAAUACCAAGAAGCAGUCGAAGAACUUGUUGACAGAGCCGAAGCCGACCUAGGAAUGCACUUUAAAGACCCCGACGCGCCGCCUCCGCCUCCCCCGGAGCUGCUGUCCUUCGGUUCGGACAGCGAAGGAGAGAGUGAAAGAGGGGCGGGGGACGAGAGGGAAGAGAGCGAGAGCGACAGCGAAGCGACGGCACGACCAAGGCGCACCGCCGUCGACGCUGCUGCCGGCGGCUCCGCAAGCUGCGGCCCGCUGGAAGCGGCGGCAAUCGCGGCGUCCUCGAGGAGCCUUGGGCGGAGUUGGAGCGACGCGCAGCUCCCGCGAACCAGCGAGAGCAACGCGGAUUGCGGAAAAGGGGAGGGGAAGGCGAGCGGAGGGCGAGAAAAUGGGGAAGACGAGGCGGAACUCGAGUCGAGCGGAACGAGGGAGGGGAAUGAGGGGAAGGCGGAGAGGCGGAAGAAGGAGAAGGGGGUAGACGAGUCAGUGCGCUUCAUGGCGCACACGCGCGAGCCCCUCCGCGCCAUCAUCCACCCGCUCGCCUUCUACGUCUGGGGCCAUAUCGUCGGGCUCCUCACUGCCGCCGCCAUGCGCCUCCUUGGCUUCUCCAAGCACACCUCACCCAAUGGCAUUCACUACUGGUUCCGCGCUCCCAAAAAGUUGGCGCCAAAGCGCAAGUCCCACAAGGCGGCUGCAGUGGUGCCGAUUUUCGACGACACGUCAGCAGCAGGCGCCACGUCAGCCGCACCGACCGCACCGCUGCUUGGCGCGAGCGGGGGCCGCGUGCGAAGGGAGGACGAGGAGGAGGAGGAGGGGGAGGAAGGGGUGGUGCUGGUGCACGGGCUAGGGCUCGGCCUCACUCCGUACCUCUCCUUCGUUCACAUGCUCUCGAGAAGCUACCCGACAAAGAAGCUGAUAGUGGUGGAGCUGGCACACCUGGCAGUGCGCCUUUCCACGUCAUCACCCACCAUCGAUGACGUGGCAGACGGGCUAACUGACGCGAUGGCGGACCACGGCAUGCAGUCGGCCAUCUUCGUGGGUCACUCGUACGGCGCUCUCGUGCUCGCUCGGCAAGUGCGCAAGCGCCCCGAGACAGUGAGCGCCAUGGGCUUUGUGGACCCCGCGUGCUUCCUGCUCUGCCUCCCUAAAGUGCUCUUCAAUUUUAUCUACAAGGUCCCCGGCUCCCCUUCUAUAGGCGACACAGUGGCAGAGGCAGUGAGGUGGUUCCUGUGCGGGAGAGAGCUGCAGGUGGCACGAGCUCUUUGUCGCGGCUUCAACUGGCACGCGUACCAGGUGUGGGCGGACGACAUUCCCGUGCAUCGCUCGGUGGUGAUGCUGGCAGGCCAGGACCAGAUCGUGCCCUCGGAGCACAUCAGAAACUACCUGGCCAACACACCAGUAGAUGUGAUGUACAAUGAUGGUUACCACCAUGCGCAAAUACUUUUCAGCGACGCCAAGCAGCGGGAAGCUAUGGCGCUCCGCUGUUCCGCCAUGUUUCUCCUUCUGCUGUUACCAGCGUUCGUACGGGCUGCGCCAUCAAGCAUACCCGUUGACGUAGCAAAAACUCUCAUCCGAGGCAACCCGAGGAGCUUGGCGGAGGUCGCCCCGUGCCGCGCGUCCACAUUGGGAGGGUACACGUCAUCGGUCGGAUUCAACAGAAAAGGGUUCAACCUCCACUGGAAGGUGACGAGCCGCCAGAGCAUCGAUAUUGCCGUCGAGGCCAAGGCCGGCAGCGGGGUCGCCAGGGGCUGGUUCGCUAUAGGCUGGUCCAAGUCCGGCCUAAUGUACCCCUCGGAUGCCGUUAUAAUGAAUUUCAAAUCCAACGAUAGGGAUGCUACACCGCCCGUGGGCACAUUCGCUGUGUCGAAGCGCGACGAUUCGGGCGUGGAGCCAACAUCGAGGUUCGCUAUAACGAACACGGAAUUCACGAGCAACACCAGCGCCGGCGUUCUUGUCAGGUUCUCGCGGAGCAAGUUCGACGGAAUCGUGCCCGUCAAUUACAACGGCCCGAAUCAGAUCAUCUUCGCAUACGCGCCCUACGGAAGCCAGGAGGUCAAGGGCCACGCCGGCAAGAGGGGAUGGGUUCUCGUCGACUUUUCCUGCAAGCCCGGCUCCGCGUCCGCCUCUGAUGAUGACACGCCCGCUUCCCCCUCCAAAGCGCCUUCCUCCACUACAAAUCCUUCCCCCGCCAAGUCCCCCUCCCCUCCCAAAUCCAAAUCUCCCGCCAAAUCUGAAUCCCCCGCCAAAUCCAAAUCCCCCCCCAAAUCUCCGAAAUCCCCCCCGAAGUCCCCCAAGCCUGCGGGCUCGAUCAAGGUCACUUCGCGGUUCGCCAUUGGCCAGCCAGAGCUGCUGACGUCGACGAGUGGCGUCGUUAUGAAGUUCGGUCGAAGCAAGGCGGACGGGGAGGGCAUAGCGCCUGUGGUGUACAACGGGAAGAACAAGAUUAUCUGGGCGUAUUCAGGCAGCGGAUCGCGCACCAUUGACGACCACAAGGAUAACUAUGGCGCCACAACUGUGGAUUUCUCCUGCAAGCCUGCACCAACCAAGUGCUAA